GACAGGAGGAAAAGGAAGAAGUUUAAGGGUGCUACUCGAAAGAAAAAAAUUAGCGGCGCCCUUUUCUCGAAGAAGAGGGGGCUCCGCGCGAAAAAGAGGGUGGAAACGUCCUCCUGGGUUCGUCGUGGUGUUGUCCGCCGGGGGUGGCGGUGGCGGCGGGGGCGGGGGCGGGGCUGGUUGCAGGAGCCGUGACUUGGAACGUCGUGCGGGUGGCGGCCGGGGUGCCCCCUGCCUUGCCACCAUCAGCUCCUCUGUCGCAGGAAGUGCGGGGGGUUGCGGCCCUGUCGUCGGUCUUCCCUCCUACAAGAAACGUCAAGGCAGCGCACCCGCCUGGAGCCGUGGAAGUCGUGGACGCGGGAGGGGUCGCGGGGGCGGCGCGAACCUACUCGGUUCCGGUGUCGCCCCCGCGAAUUAUUUAUCGGGACUACAGGCCGUUGGGCCCGAACUUCGGGAGGUGGUUCACAUUCUAGGAGAAAGGAAUCAAGCUGGCACCUUAACUGGGGUCGAACCACCACCGGGAACUUUGGAUUCGGAAGGCACCGGAGACGAGGAAGAAGGAACCUCCAUCAAAAGACCACCUAGGCCUCUCUACAGGAGACUGAUCAACUACGUACGACAAGCCUGGACUGGUGUCAAGUUUGCUUUAGACUCGGAAUACGAAGAGGAACAAACGCCAAGAUAUAGGCCGGACUCUUUGGCAAGUCUCUGUCGUGCAACAAGAUUCACAGAGGCCGAGCUCAAGAGGAUAUAUCGUGGCUUCAAGGCCGAAUGCCCCACGGGAGUCGUCAGAGAGGAAACUUUCAAGUGCAUCUACUCGCAAUUCUUUCCGCAAGGAGCAAACACCAGCCAAUACGCGCAUUAUGUCUUCAACACUCUGGACCAAGAUCACAGUGGUCUACUCAGUUUCGAGGACUUUGUCAUCGGUCUGAGCAUACUGUCACGUGGCUCGAUAGACGAAAAAUUACGAUGGACGUUUUCCCUUUACGACAUCAACGGGGACGGCUGUAUUACGAGAGAAGAAAUGACGGACAUAGUAACUGCAGUCUACGAGCUCAUGGGAAAAUUUGCUGACCCGACGUUGGACCACGAGGGCGUUAGAGAAAAGGUCGACCGAAUGUUUCAGAAAAUGGAUGGAAAUAAGGACGGUGUAGUUACACUGUCCGAAUUUCUGGAAGCAUGUCAGGCAGAUCCGGAUAUUUCAACGAGCAUGGCGGCAUUGGACACGGCCUUCUGACACUCGGCACGACCACGAUACACACCAUGGACCUGAAGGGGGGUUAUUCAGAGUCCUUUGGCUGCUGGAGAUCGAUCGUUUGGCAUUUGAACAUUGUAACUUCCUGGAACAUAGGAAGCAUCUUUCACGAAGAGGAGACUCGAAUCUCCGUGUCUGUGUCCUCCCCCCAACCCUCACCCCACACCCCCAUCACCCCAGAGGAUUCCAAAGUUGUUGUCUUAUUCCCACGUCGUUCGUUUUCGAAUUGAUCUCGUUUAAAGAAAUAAAAAGUGUACGAGACAAAUGGAACAAGAAGAAGUUACGUCAGAUAUACAUAUAUAUAUGUUGAUGAUAUUUAUGUAUGUAUGUAUGUAACGGAUAAGAGGAGGAGGAGGAAGGGGGGAAGGAUGAGAAAACAGCCAAAAGAUUUCAGGGAAUUUUCGAAGGAUACGCCUCGAACGUUUUCUUCUUUACAAAAUAGGAAUAAAGUAUACUUUGUUCUUUGAGAUCCUGCGGAAGCUUAAAAAAAAAAGAGAGAG